AUGUCGAAACUCACACCAAGCGAGAUUAAGGAACUGGCUUCCUGCUUACGUCUCAGGGUAGACUCACCAGGUGCGGAUUGCUCACGAGUCCGCUACGCCAUCGAUCACAUUCCUCAUCAUCUCCGCGCGUCGAAAAUGAUCAAUCUCUUUGUCAAAGCUGGUCUAUUCAAUAAGUUGUGCUGCGUCCACGAAGGCUUGGAUUCAAGUACUGUCUCGUCAAUAUUUGACUCCUUGCGAGCAGAGGUAAUAGACUCAGUCCAGUCUCUGAGACAAUAUGCAUAUCUGCUUGGGCCAGAUGAGAAUAUGGCCCUGGACCGUACCGCAGGUAUCGAGGGAAUGUGGAGGGAGUCCAUAGACAAAGAUCGAUCCACACAUUCUAUGCACUGGAAAUAUCAAGCCGAUCAAUGCCAGGCCUGCAUGCUUUCCAGGGUCGCCUCAAAGCCGGCGGUGCUACGAGAAUUGCGAACCCUAAUUUUGGGAAAAGUGACAAGCACAGGCAGUACGAUUCUGAUUCUUUCAUUCAUUAAUGAAUGGAUCAUGCUUACGGAUCAAAAGGAUGAGUUGUUCUACUUGUCUGGACAACGGGCUGCUGUUAUCAAAAAUGCGAAGCAGGAAUGGAGGAAAAUGAAGGCUAUGACGGAACACCACAAUACACAGCAACAGCGUGUUAGCUCUCAUAAGGCUCACAUUCUCACCGAAAGGAUACUUGAAAAUUCCAAGCCGCGUCCUUCUGUGGCAUCAUUAUCUCGCCCACCUAGUCGAAAUGCUCACGAGUUUGCGGAAAUUGAAUCUAUUCUGCGAAGUUACGGGUCGGACAUAGAGACAGAUGCCUCUCAUCUACCUCCUUCUGAAGAAAGCUAUUCGUCUUCGACUAUCAGUGACUACUCCCAUGGUGACAGCAUGACGACGAUGAACAGUUUGCAUAAUGAAGGAAAUAUUUCCGAUCAUUUUCAUCCAGAUGGUGCUCUAUCAUACUGUAUGCAUGGCCCCUGGCCAUCCACAGAAGGAUUGCAAGAUCCGCGUCCCCGAGUCUCAGUCACUCCUGACUCAUCAGCGGGGACACUUGUUACAUCGUUUGUAACAUACCCCGAGUUCCACGGAUUGCACAGGUCUUCAGAGUCAGAGGCUGAGUUGCCUAACAGACUCACCAUUCCUCCGCUUCGCUCACACUCUCCCUUUGCUGUUCCACAUCUUAUUCCUUCACGCCGUCCGUCUAUGUCUUCUCCAUAUCGUUCUGUACCAGGAUUGAAUACUACUGCCCAGGAUAGACAGUGGCCAGAGUCACGAUGA